GUAGCUAGAUUAUGGGUUCUUGACCGAAUAAACCCUAUUAAAGAUCUUGAAGCUCUGUUUCCAAGACAUAAUCAAAGACAUUGUAAUAAACUACAAAAACCCCUCCUUGCAACAGUUGGCAUUGUCAGUUGCUAGCUCAAACUGGUAUAAUUAUGAGUUAAAAAAGACUCUAAACAAAACUUGAAAAGAUGAUUAAAGUGAAAGUUAAAAAAGAAAAGUUGUUUAACUCUAUAUGAUAAUUUUUAACACUAGCAGUGGCGGUGGUUACUGGUUAAUGAUCAAGAAGCUCUCUUUUUUAAUGCAAGCGUGGAGGCCUGCUUUGAACAGAGAAGAAGUUGAAUUCAAUAAAGUUUUGUGUGUUUGUGAGGUGAAAAGCUUCAAUGGUGACCAGGGUACCAAAAGUAGAACAGAAUCUGAAACGACUUCAGGAGGGAAGAAUAUCUUUCAGACGACUUUGAAGUUUCGUAUAUUUCUUUUUGAAGAGACUGAUAUGAGUGACAAGGAUAAAUUCGAGCUACAAAAGAGGAAUGAUAAUCCUAUGAACUACCAUUCAUUGAAUAUGUCCUCGGACUGGCGAUUUAGCAGUGCCAAUCUUGCAAAUGCGCCUAUUCAUUUGGUUCCCAGCAAUAAUCCCAUGGCAGUUGGUUCUGCUUCCAUGGUAGACUCAUUUAACCAAACCAUCUGGCAGAAUCCUAUCAGUUCACAAAUGGGAUAUUUGGAUGUUGAUGUCCAAAACAAUUCAAGCACUUCAAAUGCAUUAGGAAAUAGAAAAGGCAGUCCGGCCUCUUUGAGAAGUAGUGUUGAUAAACCUCUUGAGAUGGGAUGGAAUCCUCCUGCUUCAAUACUGAAGGGAGGCAUGUUCUUACCAAGUGUGCCUGGAAUGUUCCCGCAGAGCUUAUCUCAGUUCCCUGCUGAUUCUGCUUUCAUUGAGCGAGCCGCCAGGUUUUCUUCCUUCAGUGGUGGGAAUUUUAAUGAUAUGGUGAAUACUCUAGGUGUUCCUGAGUCAAUGGGUCUCUAUUCUAGGGGUGGGGGGAUGAUGCAAGGGCCGCAAGAAGUUUUUGCAGGCAGUGGACUGAAAUCAGUAUCUGGUGGUCAGUCUCAGAAGAAUGAAAUGAAUGUGGCUGAAGUAUCUAGAGAUCCUUCCUUGUCUAUUGAACAUGGGGUGACUGAUGGGAGCCCACUAAAAAAUGAAAGAAAUAGCGAGAGCAUUGUGAGAUCUCAUGAAGAAGUAAAACAAGGUGUUGGCGUUUCUGGCAAUGAGUCUGAUGAAGCUGAGUUCAGUGGCAGUGGUGGUGAUGGUCAGGAUGAGACAUUGGCAUUGGAGGGCACAGGUGGGGAACCUUCUGCCAAGGGCCUUGCCACAAAGAAAAGAAAAAGGAAUGGGCAGGAUACUGAACCUCAAACCAGGGGAGCACAGGUAUCUGGUGAAGGUGCAAAGGAUAAUGCUGAUAAUCAACUGAAAGGGGACCAAAACCCAACUUCAACGACAAACAAGGCUGCUGUAAAACAUGGAAAACAAGGUUCUCAAACUUCAGAUCCGCCAAAAGAAGGAUAUAUUCAUGUUAGAGCUCGAAGAGGACAAGCAACAAAUAGCCAUAGUCUUGCUGAAAGAGUGAGAAGGGAAAAGAUAAGUGAGAGGAUGAAGUUUCUCCAAGACCUUGUACCUGGUUGCAGCAAGGUCACUGGCAAAGCUGUGAUGCUAGAUGAAAUAAUUAACUAUGUACAAUCACUGCAACGACAGGUUGAGUUUCUGUCAAUGAAACUUGCCACAGUAAAUCCACGGCUGGAUUUUAACAUAGAAGGGCUCCUGGCAAAAGAUAUCCUUCAGUCACGAGCUGGUCCUUCACCUACUUUGGGCUUUUCCCCAGAUAUGUCUGUGGCUUAUCCUCCAUUGCAUCCAUCCCAACCAGGACUCAUGCAAUCUGCUCUUCCUGGUAUGGGAAGCUCUUCUGACAUACUUCGGAGAACUAUUAAUUCCCAGUUGACACCCAUGCCUGGAGGAUUUAAGGAUCCUACUCAGGUACCGAAUGCCUGGGAGGAUGAGCUCCACAAUGUUGUUCAAAUGAGCUACGGAACUAGUGCUCCCCUUGACAGCCAAGAUGUAAAUGGGUCUAUGACACCAGGUCAUAUGAAGGCUGAACUUUGAUCAUUCUCUAUCUCACUUACGCCAAUAGACUACCGUGGCCGCGCAUAUACUUACACUAUCUGGAAGAUGGCGAAGUUCUCAAGUAUUCCUCUUCCAAACAUAGAUGAUGAUUAAAUGUAGACUAUGACCAUCCUCCUACUUCAACUCUAAUCUGUCAAUUGAGAUGCUACUGACCUGUUACUGAGUUCGAAAUAUAAGUUCAUAAUUAAAGCAGCGGAUCACCUCUUAGCAGCGAUGGCCCUCAGAUACAUGAUGUGGCAGUGGCCUUGUUUGUUUUAUCAUUACAUAUCUAUGCAAGAAAUAUUCAUCAGAAUAGAACUGCUCCUUGCGUGAGAAGAUGUCUGAGUCAAAGAAUGUAUAGGUCAAUAUUCCAAGUACAGAUUGGUAGGCAAACUGGUAUCUCAUCAGAUUUAAGUGUAAUUUUUACAAGAUAGCAUUGUUAAAGCCUGGGAGUUCAUGUUCUAUUCAGAGUUGGAAGCUGUGUGUUUAAUUAUAUAUUUUGACGAAUGCUAUGUUAUUUCGUUUCCUUCUUAUUAUCCAAAAAUCAAUUGUGGACCCUUCCUGGCACCCUUUGAAU